AUGCAACAAAAGUUUUUCGCACAAUUUGAUGUGCCAUUAAGAGAACCACCGAAGCCAAAAGGAGCGGCUCUUAAUUUGGCAAUAACAGUUGGAAACAUGGAAAUUAUCAAGACGUUACUGGAUGCAGGAGCUUAUAUUGAUCCCUCGAACGGUCUUAGGCCUCUGCAUUGGUCUAUUGCUUUAAAUAAAUACGAGAUUGUCGAGUACUUGAUAAAACGCGGAGCAGACAUCAAUGCUCGUUGUGAUACCAAAAAUCCAGUACAUGUUGCUGCUGAAAAAGGGCACAAAGAAAUUCUUGAAUUGCUUAUUGAUCAUAAUGCGAUUAUUGAUCCUCGGGCUAUUCAUGAUGCUAUUCAAGAUGCUCUACAAAAUCGUCAUUUUGAAAUUGUAAAAAUUUUGUUAGAUACAAGUGCAAAAUUAUAUCCACUGAGGAUAUGCUCUCCACUAUAG